UGGGGAGUGGAGGGCCGUGGACACCCACUUGCUGUGAUGUGGAUGUGUUAGGGCCAGGUCCAUAGACACCCAUGUUCCUGGCUGCUUGGAAGGGAUGGAUGGGGCAGUGUCCCAGGUUGAGUUCCUGGGAAGCUGGAUCCGUGUUCUCAUUUACCCUGCUUGCCCCUCCUGAGGUUGAGGGUUCUGAGCACAGACUCUGUGCUGCCCAAUGGGGCUGAUGGCUUGGGGCUACAUCCGUAUAUUUACCGCUGCCCCUCCCUGUUGAGGCUCCUCCCACCGACCUGCUCCCUCUUCACCCUUACCUCUUCUUGUACCCCUCAUUCCUCCUGCUUCUCUCCUGUCCACUGUGUCCCAGAGAAAAUUCCUUCUCCCUGGUUCUUGCCCCCCUCCACCAUCCUGCCAAGAACCCCGAAUGUUUGAGGAGCCCUGUCGAGAGCAGCUUCUGUGCCUGCACAUUGUGGAUACAAUUGAACUUAAUCCUCACAACAGUCCCAUGAGGAGAUGACAUUAUUACCUCUGGCAUGUAUUCAGGGGGACGGACUCAGAGAGGUUGAGUAGCCUGCUCAAGGCCCAGCCAGGAUCUGAGCUGGGCCUCUGACUCCAGAGCCCAAGCAGGCACCCCUCUCCUGGCCUGGUGGGUUGGCUCUCAGUGACUGGUUCCUUCCGAUGCAUGCUUACACUGCUGGGGUGGUGGGGUCCUCCUUUGUCCUUUUUCUCACCUCUCCCCACUCCUGUCCUGUCAGGGAACAAGGUGUGAUCAGUUAGCUUCACACUGAAAGGUCAGUGAGGGUGGUGGUGGUUCACACACAGUGUGCUGUGUUUCAGCUUCUUUACCUGUUAUAUCUCAGUCCUUCAUCUCUGCCAGGGCAGUCUUCUCAUCCCUGUUUGAGAGAUCAGGAAACAGAAGCUUUGGGGAGGUUAAAGAAGUUCCUGAUCGGCUGCACAGCUGGUAGGAUUUUCAUUCAGCUUGUACCACUCUGAAGCUGCUCACAGUGGCCCGGCUCGUGUCAUGCUUUCCCCAGGGCCUUGUGUGUGUCAGCAGAGGAAGAGGAACUCCUUAGAGCUAGGGAGGCUGCUCCUGGGGUGCAAUUGGGACACCCAGGUUUUGUGCAGUUUUAUUAUUUUUAUGAUAAAAAUAUUUUAUUAUUAAUAUUAAAAUUAAUAUUAAUAUUAAAAUAUUAUGAUAAAAAUAUUAUAUGUAUGUAUUACUUCGGACAUCCAGUAAGCCCUAGCCAGCCUUCUAAAGUCACAUUGGGGCCAGUUUUUUUCAGCUGAGUAUAUGGCUCAGUUCAGGCCAUGUAGGCCCAUUUGUCCACUGGAUUGUUUUCUCCUCUUCUGUUCCUUCUCCUUCUUUUCAUCCGCAGGGACUCCCCACCCAUGACCCAAACACUGCUGUCUUUGUCUCUUUCAUUUCUAGCUAUAACUAGGCCCUUUUCCUGUGUUUCCUAUAUUUUAGGCCCACGUCUCCUGAAGUGUCUCCUGAUCCCCUUCUCUGUCCUCAUCUUUUUCCCUUCUGUCUCCUGGUGCACUUAAAAGGAUUGUUGUAAAAUCAGUGGAAGCAUAGAAUUGUCAUUCUGUGACUGGCUUAUUUGACUUAACAUAAUGUCAGGGUUCAUCCAUGUUGUAGCCUGUGUCAGUACUUCAUUCCUCUUUUUAGGCUGAAUAAUAUUCCAUUGUAUGGAUAUGCCACAUUUUGUUUGUCCCUUUGUCUUUUGAUGCUCAUUUGGGUGGUUUCUACCUUUUGAUGUUUCUGUCUCCACUAGAUGUGGUAUUCCCAAGGCCUUGAGCUCAGCAUCUAUUAAAAUCCUAUCCCCACCCCCUAAGAUAUUCAUCUAUAAUUGUUUAAUCUGUUACCCUCCAUGGGUACACCUGAUUCUUAUUAGGUCCCUAUGAGCAUCUAGUGCAAUGUUUUCAACUGAUGAAUUCAUAACCCUUGUUUUAUGUGUGUUUCUGUUCAAAGACACCUUAUUGAAUAUGUGUCACUGAUUUGGGAUGCCUGGGUGGCUCAGUCAGUUAAGUGUCUGACUUUAGCCCAGGUCAUGAUCUCACGGUUCGUGAGUUUGAGCCUGGUGUCGGGCUCUGUACUGACAGCUCAGAGCUGGAGCCUGCUUCAGAUUCUGUGUGUCCCUUUCUUUCUGUCUCUCUCCUUCUCAUGCUGUCUUUCUCAAAAAUAAAUAAACAAUAAAAAAAUAUAUGUUACCAAUUUACUACCAUUGAAGUCACAGCCAACAGCAUUAUUAGUCAACCUGAACGAAGCUUAUCAGACUCACAUGUCUUCUCCAUAGGGCACAUGGCAGCCUUCUUGUACAUAGGAACGCUAGCCAGCGCUGCAGCACUGCUCUUGGGGCCAUUUUAAACUGCGAAAUCAGUAACAAAAAGCAUAAAAUUGCGAAAAAAGUGGCACUGAAUAGACGGUGAAAAGGACACUUGAGUACACUGUGAGAGCUGGAGCCGGAAAGCAGAGUACAGCCUUGGUCGACCUCAGUGUGCUGAGGACUUAGAGAAAGACAACCAUCCCCACCCUCGUGGAGUCUGACGUAUGGUGGAGGCCCAUCAUUCAUGGGAGAUGGAAGGGUCAGAUAUGUAAAGCAUGGGGACCUGUUGGAGCUCAGAGGUCCAACGGGCGCUCCUCCAAGCGGAGCCUUGGAGGGCAAGGCCGGCACCAUUACCUCCAACGAGUGGAGCCCUCCUAACUCCCCUGAGGGGAGCAACGUCUCUGGGGGGAGCCAGGCAUUGGACAAGCCCAUCGACAAUGAUGCGGAGGGUGUAUGGAGUCCGGACAUCGAGCAGAGCUUCCAGGAGGCCCUGGCCAUCUACCCGCCUUGCGGCCGCCGGAAAAUCAUCCUCUCGGAUGAGGGCAAGAUGUACGGUCGGAAUGAGCUGAUUGCCCGCUACAUCAAGCUCCGGACAGGCAAGACCCGCACCAGGAAGCAGGUCUCCAGCCACAUCCAGGUGCUGGCCCGUCGCAAAGCCCGCGAGAUCCAGGCCAAGCUAAAGGACCAGGCAGCUAAGGACAAGGCCCUGCAGAGCAUGGCUCCCAUGUCGCCCGCCCAGGCCAUCUCCGCCACAGCCUUCCACAGUAAAAUGGCCCUCGCCCGGGGCCCAGGCCACCCAGCAGUCUCAGGGUUUUGGCAAGGAGCUUUGCCGGGCCAAGCUGGAACAUCCCAUGAUGUGAAACCUUUCUCUCAACAAACCUACGCUGUCCAGCCUUCGCUGCCUCUGCCAGAGGCUGAGGCGUGGACCCGUCCCCAUGUGCCUUUCCUGCUGCAUGCAGGGUUUGAGUCUCCUGCAGGACCUGCCCCAUCGCCCUCAGCGCCCCCGGCACCCCCAUGGCAGGGCCGCAGUGUGGCCAGCUCCAAGCUCUGGAUGUUGGAGUUCUCUGCCUUCCUGGAGCAGCAGCAGGACCCUGAUACGUAUAACAAGCACCUGUUUGUACACAUUGGCCAGUCAAGCCCAAGCUACAGUGACCCCUACCUCGAAGCCGUGGACAUCCGCCAGAUCUAUGACAAAUUCCCAGAGAAAAAGGGGGGACUCAAGGAGCUCUUUGAACGGGGACCUUCCAAUGCCUUUUUUCUUGUGAAAUUCUGGGCAGACCUCAACACCAACAUCGAGGAUGAAGGCAGCUCCUUCUACGGAGUCUCCAGCCAAUAUGAGAGUCCGGAGAACAUGAUAAUCACUUGCUCCACCAAGGUCUGCUCCUUUGGCAAGCAGGUGGUAGAGAAAGUGGAGACUGAGUAUGCCCGCUAUGAGAAUGGCCACUACUCAUACCGCAUUCAUCGGUCCCCACUCUGCGAGUACAUGAUCAAUUUCAUCCAUAAGCUGAAGCACCUGCCCGAGAAAUACAUGAUGAACAGCGUGCUGGAGAACUUCACCAUCCUGCAGGUGGUCACCAACAGAGACACGCAGGAGACCUUGCUGUGUGUUGCUUAUGUCUUUGAGGUGUCAGCCAGCGAGCACGGGGCUCAGCACCAUAUCUACCGGCUGGUGAAAGAAUAAGAGACUUAGGGAGCAGGGAGGGGGGAAGUGACAUCGUGUGUGCAGGGACAUGGGGAGGGGAUCUGUGGGGGCGGCCCCUGAAGUGCCAGGAGAGCUGAGAGGUCAUGACUCUUCCUAUCCAGGAACAAACUGUGCCUGAACCUGCAAUGCCCAAUCCCAAAUAAACCCAAGAUGGUGUGUAUUUUCAGAGGACCUGAUCUGGCUGUAUGAGCCUCGGGAGGGACUGUGGGAGAAGGGGAACCGACUGGGAAGCAGGCCAGAAGCAGUUCCCGAAAUCCCCAGUGGACUCAGCUAGGAACGUCGCCAGAUGCUGAAGCUCAAGAUAGGAUGGCUCCUCUGCUGCUAUCGAGCCCUGCACUGUGCUGCUGGCCACCCUGGGAGGCCCGAGGAUAGGCUCGCGGGUUCUCUGUUCCUCCUCUGCUGUCAUCAAGCCCUGCACUGUGCUGCUGGCCACCCUGGGAGGCCUGAGGAUAGGCUUGUGGGUUCUGUGCAUACCCAUGUGUGCACGUGCGGGACUUGUGCACUGCCCUGGCCACCUCUGUUGCCCCUUCCCCAGCACAGUUAGCAGAGAGGCUUGGUCCAGCCCGGGAGUUGGAUUUGGGGUGUGGAGGUGACAGUUGUUGGAAAGGUUGGAAGGGGACACAGCCAGAGCUCUCUAGAUAGUUUCUAUCCGUCCAUCCCCAGUGGGCAUAGAUUCCAUGGUCAUGCUGGCUGCUUCGGAGUAGCUGUCGCAGAUGAUAGGAGCUUGAGACAGGGAGGGUGAGAGGGGUGGCAUGGAAGCCAGCCCACAGAGUUUAGGUGGUGAGGCUGGUAUCACACAGCAUCCUUUGUGGGGGGUGAAGGCCAAGAAAAUGGGUCAGAGGUCUGCAGUGCACCAGUGGUCUCUGAGACCACCCAGUUCUGAUGAUCUGUGAGUCCUCCCUGGGCUCCCCUCCACCCCCAGCCUGGGUGCCUGCUGGGUGGUGACUGCCUUGGAGUCAGUCCAGACUGUCCACUCCCUCCCCAGACAGUAGUAGUUUCUGUACUCUCUGUGGGUGGAGGAGGGGGGUGAAACCCUCUCUGGGCCUUGAGGGAACCGUGAAGGGUUCCCUGAUUCAUCUCUUUUGAGAAGUGCAUGGGCUUAGGGUUUUGGUGGUCCUGGCUUCAGUCCUGGUAUUUUUUAGCUGUCUGACCUUGGGCAAAUUUCUCUACCUGUCUGAGCCUUAGUGUCCUUUGCUCUCUCUAAAAGGGAAGGCAAUAGUACCUACCUUAGAAGGCCUUAGUGAGAAAGAGAGCUAAUGUCUAUAAAAGUGCCUGGUGCAAGAUGCACUAAUUAAGUGUUGUUAAUUAGUUUAUCCCUCCCUUCCCUCAGUGGGGCCUGGGCCUGGCUCUUUGCUGCCAUCUAGUGGCCCUCUGUUAUCAUCCACAGCAGGAACCACAAUUCCAGCAACCUGGAGCAGAAGGGGAAGAAGAUUCAAACUACCAGUGUUUACUUUGUGUCCAGCACUCAGGGAGAUAUAUUAUGGGAAUACAAAAGUGAGUAAAAUAGCAUUUAGGAGGUGUUAUGGUGGUUAGGAUCAAGGGCUCGAGUCAAACAGCUAGGAUUGAAAUCCUGGCAUUCAGCCACUGACUAGCUAUGUGACCUUGGGGGGCAAGUUACUUAAUUUCACUGUGCCUCAGUUUCCCCAUCUGUAAAAUGGGUAUAAUAAGAGUACCUACCUCGUAUACGUAGAGUGCCUAGCAUAGUGCCGAGCACAUAAAUGUGUUUGAUAAAUAUACAUUGUUAUUCAUAGCAGGAGCUCGCAGUCUAAAAAGCCAGAUUGGAUAACUCUUAAGUGGGGUUGGCUGGUCCUCACAGAAACUGGAGUUCAGAGAUGGUAGAGAGCAGGGUGUGGAAGAUCCAGGGAAGAGGUUGCGAUUGAGAGGGGCUGCCCCUUAAAGGGUUUAGAUAAGCAAUGUUUAGAUCAGCAGAUAGCAUGAGGGCUGGCCAGUGCUCCAGAUGGGGAAAAGAAGCUGGCUAUCCAGUUUCCUACCUCACAGGCCAGGACUGCCUCUUCUCAUCAAGAAGCAACUUUAACCAGACGCCUCUGGAUGGCUGCUAGACCUCGUGCCAAGUUACAUAACUGCACUCUAUGCGGGGCCGGCUCGCGUCAAGAGAUGUGAUGUGGAGGUGGGGCCUGGGGUCCGGGAGUGUCUGAGCAGACCACGUGUGCUCACGUGUCCGUGGGUGGGUUUGUGUGAGCCUGUCCCACCCCACCCCUGGUCACUGUCACAAGCCUUGCCCUCUCCCCGCACCUUUCCCCUCAGGCUAUUUGGAUAAGGGGCACCUUAUACCUACACUUCUAGCUUGACUGUGAACCUCUAGGUAAAUAUGCAGGAAGGAUGUGUGAGCAGCCUCUUGGCCGUGGCACAAAUGCACGAGUCAAGGAGAUGAUCUUUUGUGUUAUGGGUGGAAAGGAGUCAGUGCAGGUGUGGGGGCCAAGUGUUGGCUGUGCAUUUUCCCUUUUCUUUAUGACCUGACCUCAGUAGCUUAAUGGAAAGUCAUGUACUUACAGCCGUAAGUUCCAGGCUAGUCAGCCACAGGAAUGCAGACGUAGGUGCCUUUCCCCUGGUGCAGUGCAGACUGUGGCCAUGGGGGCAAGUGGGAGCCCUGGCCUGGCCCGCCUCUCCUGCUAGGCAUCUCUGACACUGACUGCCCUGCGGCCCGAGGUGGGUGCCCUUCCCUGCCUUUCGGUCUUGGCACCAAAUGUUCCCCUGGCCAGUUGUGCCCUGCCCUUCUCCCACUGGAGAACUGUUACAUUCUUCAGGAGCUGGUGUGCACUCACCCCUUCUCAUGCAGAAGGGUUAGCCACACCUGCCCUUAUGCAGCAGAAGCCUUCCAUUCCUGACCCCUUGGACACCUGUGACAUGGUACCAGAACACAGGCACCCUGUCACCUCUUCUAAUCCUCACCCAGUGGGUAUUGUGCUGUCCCCCUUUGAAAGAUGAGGAAAGGGGCACAGAGAAGUAAACUAACUUGCUUAGAGUAUUAAUGCAUUUUUUUCAUUCAGUUAGCAAAUAUUUACUUAAUUUCUGCUCUGUGCCAGGCACUGGGAACAUAGCACUGACCAAGACAGAUGCGGUCCCUGGGGAGCUUACAUUUCAUUGAGGAGGGAAACAAAGCACAUAACAGGAUGUGCAGACCAUGGCAAGUGCUUUCAAGGCAGUGAGGGGUGCUGAGAGUCACUGGGAAAGCCUCUCCCGCCCGGGGAAGGUGAGGGAAGGCAUUCUGAGUAGAGGCAGGGAGGUUUGAGUGCAGGGCAGGUGCAGAGAGGAGAUGUGUGCCAGGUACAGAGAGCAAGAGCUGCACAAGCUAAGGUACGGAGGCAGCAGGGGCUAGAUCCUGGUCGGGCCAGCUGCCCAGACUGGGGUGGGGGCCAGGGUGGGGCCAGGCAAUCCAACUUCCUCUGCAGCCCAACACCCCCUUGCUUGGCAAGGUCUUUGGGUUUUACUCCUUGUGAAGGGAGAUCCUGGAAGUGUUUGAAACAAGCAGUAAAUAUUUUUGAUCUUUAAUCUUUGCUUUUUUUUUUAGAAAUAAAUGGUGGAGCUGCUGUGGACCACAGAGAAGCACAUGUAAUUGUCUGCUUCUGAGUCUGUCUUUCCUCUUAGACUCAGCUUCUGUGGGUGGAGACUGUAGCUUCCUUGGUCUAUUGCUUUCUGUAAACCAAACACCACAUCUGGAACAUAGCAGGUGCUCAGUAAACAUGUGCUGAAGGAGUGCACACAUACAAGGCAAUGUGAUCCUUGCCACUGGGGCCUGGGAGGUGAGUGAGGGCCCUGAGCCCUCUAGGGUGGACCCCUUUGCCCUCUCAACACAUCUAGAGCUAGCAGGGAGCGUCACUGAGAUAGGGACGUGGAAACAGACCUCCUGUCUCCUGGCGUCUGACAGUGACUGAGCAGAUUGCCUCAGGGGCCCCCAGUGAACUUCCAUAGAGUGGGAUGAUCUUCCUAAUGAGAGAAACUCACACAGAAGGACCUUAGGGUGCAUGUGCAUGCAUGUGCGUGUGGAUAUCAACUCUGCCCUUUCGGGACUAAAGCCAGUGGAGUAAGGAUCAGUGGCGGCUGUAUCAGGCUGCUCAUAGACUAUUUGUGCUUAAUCCAUCACUUGUGCCCUCUAACCAGCUGUAGGCUUCAGAGGACAGUGGGCAGGGUGAGAACGGGCUGGAAGUAGGAGGGCAGGCAUUUCAUAUAAGCAGGGGUGGGGGCAGCAGGGAGCUCCUGACAGUCCUCAGCGUUGGGCCUGGUGCAGGGCUCCACUGGUUCACCAGUGCUCACCUGGGCUGAGUCUGCACAGAGGGGGAAUGUGUGAAAGAGCAGUGGUGUGUUUUACCCCAGGGGCAGUUAUGCCCAGUGACCACUGUGUUUGACUCUUUCUUACAUUGUCUGUUAUGUCCACUCCAAAAAUGAAAACAAAGAGCUUUUCCCCAGAGAGUUCAAUCUCUAUGUAAGUUGUUCUUAAGAACUAAAACCCUAGAGCCAGGUUGCUGGAGGGCCAAAUUGACUGCUUCUAAGUUAUGUGAUCUUGGGCAAACAGCUUACCGUCUCAGAGCCUUCAUAACCCUAUUUGUUUUCACAAAUAGGUGACAGAGUAUAUGUGAAGGAGUAGCACUGUACCUAGCUCAUGUGAGCACUCAGUGAGUGGUCAUAACUUAGGUAUAUUAAAGCCUGCACUGACUGUUCUUCCCACCAGGAAAGCGCGCACGCGCGCACACACACAUACACACAUACACACACGUGCGCGCACUCGCGUUUAGCGGGGAGAAAAAGCUCUGUUCUAAUGUCUCCCAGAGCCCAUAAGGAGGCCACGGGCUCUUAGUUUAGUGGGAACUGUCCAGCACAGACACAAUGCUUAGAGUUUCAUCCUCAGGCCUCAGAAAUGGUCAAGGAAGUGUUCUUAAAUGAGGAAAAUAACUUUGUGGCCCAUGAGGGGAAGGAGACCCCAGGGAAGGGUCUCGAAAGGGAGCACAGAACAAAUGGUGGGCUAAGCGACUGUCCAGAAUUUAGAUUUACUUCCCAAGAGAAGAUGGGGGAGGUGGUCCGGCCCCUUUGCAGAAGGCUGGAGCCCACUGGGUGGAAAUGGCUAGAGGUCUUUUUAUUUUUAAGCUCAUGGAUGUCUAAUAUUCAACUUUAAGGUUGUUUUUUUUUUUGUAUUUUUGCUAUGUAACCCCCCUUUGUCUCCCCAAAUCUUCAGUAAAGUCUGCUACAUACACAAA